AUGACAUCUAGACAGAGAAACGCUAUAUACCCUGACUUGAAGAAUCAAGUAGCCGUGGUGAUAGGAGCAGGUCAAGCAGGCGACCCGACCUCAAAAUUCUGGGGUAAUGGCGCUGCCAUUGCCAAGAUAUUGAGCGAGUCAGGUGCUAAGAUAAUUGCCUGCGACAUGAAUCUCAAAGCAGCAGAACAAACAGCUUCUCGGAUUCAGGCCGAUGGAGGAUUCUGCGAAGCUGUCCAACUCAACGCGACCAGUGCCACGGAUAUCAACCACACGAUCAACCAAAUCGUAAACAAACACGGUCGCAUCGAUAUCCUCGUUAACAAUGUGGGCGGAACCAAAACCGGCGAUCCUGCCACAAUGAGCGAAGAAGCCUGGGACUCUCAAAUCGAGCUGAAUCUAAAAACCGUCUUCCUCAGUUGCAAGGCUGUGCUCCCGAUUAUGGAGAAGCAGGGAUCCGGCUCAAUUAUCAAUAAUGCGUCCAUUGCUGGGAUGCGAUUUCUCGGUAAGCCGCAGGUGGCGUAUGCAUCUGCCAAGGCAGCGGUUAUCCAUUUUACCAAGGUUUCUGGCAUCAUGUAUGCGAGUAAGGGUAUUCGAGUGAACUCGAUCUCUCCUGGGAUGGUGUAUACACCUUUCUUGGAAAAGCUUGGGAAGAGCGAGUCAGCUGACGAGAGAGAAAUCUAUAAGAAGAUUACGGAUCAUAAUAUUCCUCAAGGUUCCAUGGGUGAUGCUUUUGAUGUUGCGAAUUGCGUGGCAUUCUUGGCAAGUUAUACAUCGAGAUACGUCACUGGGCAGAAUAUUGUUGUUGAUGGAGGGCUGACAGGCUCAACUGGCACUGGUGGCACAUUUUCAUCGAAGCUAUAG